ACCGAGUCUUUAGGGUGAAUGUUUUUUUUACUGGUUAUUAUAACCCGGUAAGAACGGGACUGGUAAUACCGGUAGCUCCGGUGGUUGAGUUAUUGUUACAUAUCGAUCUAUGAGAUUGAGAGGGGUUUAAGCAAGAAAGACGUGGUGGUUCACUUCACUUCACUUCUUUUAAGGGGUUUUGUAUAAUUUGGUAAUCGCAAAAAAGAAAAGAGAGAAUUUGAUCAAAUCCUUUUUGUGGUGAGAGAACAUCAUCAUAUAGGUAGCGUUUGAUACAAGUAAAAAAAAAAAAAAAAAAGUUUCAAUCACUUUCUUGGGGUUAAAAACAUGGGUUAGAGAUUUGAUCCACUGUGUAAAGAAUUCUGAUUCCUUCAUCUCUGAUCCUCUCAUUUUCUCUGAAGAAUCGUCUAGGAGUACUCGUUCUUGGAAAGCUGAAGAUUUAUUGAAAGAGAUCGUGGCGUGAGUUUCAUUCAUUUCUCUAUCGCUCGUAGCAAUCACUAUCAUUGUGUUGUUAUGCAUCCAAGUAAUGGUGUCGCAUAAAGUCUUAGAAUUUGGAGACGAUGGUUACAAAUUGCCUGCUCAAGCUCGAGCUCCCAGAUCACUCCGGAAGAGGCGCAUUUACGAGAAGAAACUGUGCGCGAUUGACUUAUUGGCCACCGUAGCUGGAACCUUGCUGCUCGAGGGAGAAAGCUCGGUGAAUGCGGGUGGAGAAAACUGUCUAGUUGUACAAAAUACUGUAAAGAAGGAACUCCAGGCUGAAGAAAACGUGUUAUCAGGAUCCCCGAGCCCAUUUGACAAUGGCAAGUGUGGAUUUAGCUCUGUGAUUACCACAAAUCCUAAUCACUUGUUGGUAGUAGGUGACAAGUUAGACAAGGAGGUUGUUGAGGGUUUUAGUAACUUGGGUUGUGCUGGUAGUGAUUCUUGUAAAGUCAGAAACUUUAGUAAGGAUCUUAAUCAUCCGGGUGUGAAUGUAAAACCUGAUGUUGUAGCUAGUAUAGGUAGUAACAGUAGUACCGAGGUAAGAGCAUGUGGGAGCGGUAGUCCCAAUGAUUCUCGGGAUGAUGAUGAUGUACAUUUAUUUAGUAGAAAUAAUGAUAAUGAUGAUGAUGAUGAAAACUUCUCUGGGUACAUUCGCCCUCGUCUGACUAGGCCUGUGCCUCGUAUUGGAGACAGAAGAAUCAGGAAGAUAUUGGCUUCUAGACAUUGGAAAGGAGGCAACACAGCAGAUGCAAAGCCAUGGUAUUGCUCAAAGAGGAGUUAUUACUUGCACAAUCAUCAGAGGAGUUAUCCCAUCAAGAAAAGGAAAUACUUUGACACUAUUUCCGAUUCGAACUCUGAUGAUUACCGUUUGCAAGGGAAGACACAUAAAGGAAACAGAACAAUAUCUUCCAUGAAAAGUCGAAAUGCAUCUUUUGUGUCAAGGGACCAUCAUGUGAGGCUGCGGAUCAAGUCUUUCAGGGUGCCUGAGCUUUUCAUAGAGAUUCCAGAAACUGCUACUGUUGGCUCCUUGAAGCGGAUGGUGAUGGAAGCAGUGACAACCAUACUAGGUGAUGGACUCCGAGUCGGGUUGAUGGUUCAAGGAAAGAAAGUUCGAGAUGAUAGCAAAACCCUUCUUCAGACUGGGAUCUCUGAGGAGAACACGCACUUGGAUUCUCUCGGUUUCAGCCUUGAGCCUAGUUUAGGAACCACCUCUCAACCGCUGUUAUCCAGUUAUCUGUCAGAGAAUGCCUGUGAUGAUUUAAUGUUAUGCCGCGACAAUGUGUUGGUGGAUCCUAAUCAUGACUCAACACCAUCCCCAUCUGACUCAUUUGGAAAACUAGGAUCGACUGAUGAUUCUAGAGCUUUGGUUCCUAUUGCGUCAUCAGCGUUGUUGGCUCCUCGAACUCCUAACCGUAAGUUUAAAAGGACUGAGCAGCAGCAAGCUGCACAUCGCAGAAUUCGUCGACCUUUCUCAGUUACUGAAGUAGAAGCACUAGUACAAGCUGUUGAGAAUCUCGGAACCGGAAGGUGGAGAGACGUUAAGGUUCAUGCUUUUGUGGACGCGGAGCACCGUACUUAUGUUGAUCUCAAGGAUAAAUGGAAGACGCUGGUCCACACGGCAAGGAUAUCCCCACAGCAGCGGAGAGGAGAGCCGGUGCCACAGGAACUUCUGGACCGUGUUCUGAAGGCACACGCUUACUGGUCACAACACCUAAUGCAUCAACUGCAGAUUGAGCCACCACCAUCCUCUCAGGUAGAGGCUCUAAUCUGAACAGGUUCUUGUUCUAUAGAACCUUUGUGUAUUAUUAUGAUCAUCAACAUUGUAAGAUUCUGACAUACUUGAAGCUCUGGUCUCAGUCCUUCUCGGUUUUUUUUUCUUUCUUUCUUUCAAGUGUAAAGUUUUAUAAAAUUGGAAUAAGGUUGAGUUUUUCUAUAGGAAUGGAAUAAGGUUGAGUUUUUCUUCCUAACAAUGUGAAGGAUUUGGUUGUAAAUCUUUGGUGACUUUUUUAUU